AAAGUCAUCCAGCAUCUCAAUCCGGUCUCAUUCACGUCUGUCGUCUGUCAUCUCAAUUUCUGUCACAAUUUUUAGUGUAAUAUUUCCACCAACAAUUAAUUCGAAAUGUUGUGUUGUCUAUCGGGAUGGUUGUGCUCAACCCUGUUUUAUUUCGCCAUCCUCCCAGCAGCUAUUCUUAUUGGGACAAAACUGAUAAUUAAGAAACUUCGGGGAAAGGUUGAUCUCACGAAUGAAGUCGAUAUCCAAGGAAAGACAGUGAUCGUUACGGGAGCCUCGGACGGAAUUGGUAAAGUGACCGCGGAGGAGUUUGCCAUCCGUGGGGCGCGAGUUAUCAUGGCGUGCAGAAAUUUGCAAAAGGCGGAAAAAUGUGUGAAAGAUAUUCGCACGAGGACGACAAAUGGGGAGCUGAUCCUCAUGGAGCUAGACCUCUCAAAAUUAUCCUCUGUAAGGAAAUUUGCUGCAGAAUUUUUGCAAAAAUACGGCGGUGCCAGUAACCCUGGCGGACUUUCGAUUCUCGUUAACAACGCAGGCCUCGCUAUUGCUCCCGGCGUCAGGAAAGUGACCGAGGACGGAUUUGAGGAGACUUUCGGGGUCAACCAUCUGGGUCACUUUCUCCUCACGAAUCUUCUCUUACCAGAAAUGGAGAAAGCCGGAAAUGUUUCGACCGACCCGAGCCGCAUCGUCAUCGUCAGUUCGGUAGCACACGUCUGGGGUCAAAUAAACUUUGAUGAUUUGAUGUUCGAGAAAACCCCGCUGGAAGAUUGGAAAGUGUUUUCAAAAUUUUAUUGCAACUCGAAAUUGGCCAAUAACCUGUUCAAUUUGGAACUAGCGAAGAGACUCAGGGCAAAAAAGGUGAACGUAAAUUCGUACGCGUUAUGCCCAGGAUAUGUCGAAACCAAUAUUGAGACGAAUAUUUUACGAGAUAAUCCACCAAAUUGGGUCUGGAUGAAGGUUAUUCGGCCCGUGCUAUCAUUUUUGAUGCGAAAGGAUGCAAAAGAGGGUACCGAGACGACCAUAUACUGCGCCCUGAGCAAGUACUUGACCCACCAUAGUGGCGAAAUGUAUAGAAAUUGCGAGUUUUGGGAUUACAGCAAAAGAAUAAAGUUGAGUGAGAAGGAUGCAGCCAAACUUUGGGAGGUUAGUGAAAAGUUGGUAAAGCUGAAUUAAAUAAUGAGGCAAUUCACGCCCUCCUUCGUAACUACGUAAACAGCGUAAAAUCCGUAAACUUACAAACGUUUACAAACUUUUACAAAAAUUGUCAAGGAAAAUCAGUUUACAAACUUUUGUAAACUUACGCAGCUCACAGGCGUCUUUUAAUUUUGUAAAGUAUUUUGUAAACUCAAUUUGGGGAAGGAAAAAAAUUGCUCGAUACAGAAAUUUGGCAAUAUAUGUUGCUAGUGACUCCUAAUCAAAGAAUAUGAAGUGAAAUUGGAAAAUUUAUCAACCGGAGGUACCCGAGGGGGUGACCCAUACCGAUUUUUCAAAAUCAUCCAAUCGAGCUGUAAUCAUCCAAAUUAGUUCACGAGUUUUUUAAGAUUCGGCGUCAGCUGAUUAGCUCGGGUCCUUCUCCAAAACAGUUUACCCAAAAUCCUGACUGUUUGGUUUAAUAUUACUUAGCACACUUCCAGCUUUACCCUCAAUCGUCAUUUGACCCAGUGGGUCCACUUUCAAGGUCAGCAGGUCAAUUUUCCCGUGCAGGCUCGGAUUGAUCGCAUUUUGGGGCAAAAUAUCAUCGAUAUUGGAGAGCCCACAUUAUUUGAUUCAUUACGGAUUCUUUCAUUAUUAGAUACAAUAAUUAUCUGGGGUUAUAAUAAAAACAAUUUUUCACCUCUGACCUCCUUGGUAAUCAUGCCACAUGAAUAAUUAAGUUUAGAAAGUGUUUUUACGGCACCCUCCAACUCUGAGGGCCCUGGAGGGGACAUUUCUGAAGCUAUCACCCUAAAAUUUUGGAUAUAUCUUUUUGAUGAUAUUAUCUUGCUUGCCUACGAAAAUCAGCUCAAAAUUAGAAUUUGCACCAGAGAUAUUCAAGCGCGAAUUCGUUUAAAGCGUCAUAAUUCGCCUUUUGUAUGACGUGAAAUUGGUAAAAUUUUCGCAUCCGGGACCCGAGGGGGUCACCCAUACCGAUUUUCAUAACUUGUCUCAAAAAGCUGAAAUUCGGAACGGUGAUACUUAAUAGCUUCUCAUGAAAGAAUAUGAAGUCAAAGAUGAACACAAAAUAACCAGAUAGGCAAUAAGGAAGGGGUACCCAUACCGAUUUAAAAGAAUUUAUAUAUUCAGCUAAGAUUUAGUGUGGAGUCGAAAAAUAACUUAGGAUUAGAAUUUAGGAGGGUUAACAGCCUCCACUGUUCGUGGUAUUUAUUAUAUCAAUAAAUGCAGCUCCACAAAUUUCUUCCAUUAAUUUCCUUUUUCUGAAAAUGAUCUUCAUUUUGUUUCAAUUAUCAGAUAAAUUUUUACAAAAAUAAUUACGAAAGUGAAUUCACGGGAAGCUGUUUGUAAACGUUUGUAAGUUUACGGAUUUUACGCUGUUUACGUAGUUACCAAGGGUGCGUGAAUACCCUCAAUAAAUAAGUUACAAGUUUUACGCUAAAAUUUAAAGGUACGCAGAAUUGUAACAUGUGUGAAAAUUCAUACAAAUUUUCUACUCAUAAGAUUGUGUAAAAAUAAAAUAUUAGUUAAUAUGAAA